AUUUUUUCUAACACUGUGGAUCACGUGACAACAAUAGUUGAGAUGUCGGCUGACGAAGAUACCGAAUUACGCGACUUAGUUGCUCAAACGCUUGAAAACAACGGCACUUUGGGAAAGAUCAGGGCCCAUUUACGAGCAAGUGUCUUUCUGGCAUUAGAGGAAGAAGAUGCGAAAAAGCAACAGAAUCCCUAUAUGAAUAAGCAGCUGCAGGAAUUUCUAAAAACGUCAGACGGUCAAUUAACGGCAUCUCUUGUUCGAGAAUUUUUAUCAUUUUUCAAUCUGGAAUUUACAUUAUCAGUCUUUGAACCUGAAAGUGGCUGUGAUCUACAAAAUGAAGAAGGGUGCAAGCAAUCUCGUUCAAAUAUGGCUAGAAAUUUGAAUAUAGCAGAGAAUGAUAAAUCUAAAAGUUUACCCCUUCUGUUUGAACUCGUGAAAAGAAUUAAAAAUCAGGAUUUGAAGGGCAAUACCGCACAGGAAUUAAGCCCACAACAAAUUGAAGAUGCUAGAGAAAAAUUUGAAAAGUACGAUGUGGAUAAAAAUGGUACUAUCGACAAGAAUGAAUUGAGAACACUAUUCAUAGACAUGUUUCCAUCUUUUCAUCGAAACAUGCUUGAACGUUAUGUGAAUGAUGAAUUUCGAGCUGUCGACAAAGAUUUUAGCAUGACUAUAGAUUUUAAUGAAUUCAUGGAGAUGUACAAAAGGCUCUUCAUUCUUUGCAAAAGCGUUAUUUCAAACGACCAGGUAGAAAAUUUAAGUGAGAAGAAACAAGAUAACGAUGACUUUCUCGACGCUGUUCCGUUUCCUAAUCAAAAGACUAAUGCUCAAGCUCUAAAAAAUUCUUUAGAUGAUAGCGUUAAGGAAUCGAAAGGCGGUCUUGCCAGUUUAUCAGGAUUACCCUCUUUAGAUAGCUCAAUGAAUGGAGGAAAAUCUGAAUCGUCUACUCCCAAACUCAAGGAUAUAGAUAAAAAAUUUAGUGAUUUAGGUAUAGACGUUCCUAAUGAUUACGAAGAGGAUUUUGAUGAAGAUUUUGACGAUGAUCGUGGAGAUUUUCAUACAGAUCGAUCAAAAAAGACGCCUAGAUCAGGCAGAUCUGAGAAACAAGUAAAGAGUGUCUCUGAAGUAGACGAGGAGAUAAUAGAAGAAGAUAUCGAUGAUUUUGAUGAUGACGCUAAUGACAUUUUGAAUGAUGAUAACUCGGAGACUGAUGACAGGACAAUUUCAAUGGCAGAGAUUAGCAAAACUGUUGAUUAUUUGGAAGAUGUCAAAUAA